AUGCGGUGCCUCCAUGGGAUUGAUAUUGACCGAGCUCUCCAACAGUUGCUGACUGCACUCUUUCAUGCGAGACCCCCAUCUUGGCAGCGUUUGCUCUUUCCUUGGCUGGGAGCUGGGAGUGGAGAUGGGAAGGACAGCCUUGCCUAUGAGUCUCAGUUGUGGGAUCUGUCCAUUGGGGUGGCAGCUCGGCUCUUGACCCCACACUUGGCUUUACAGAAAGUGGUGACAGCCCUUGACCGGACGUGGCACCCCGAGCACUUCUUCUGUGCCCAGUGUGGCGCCUUUUUUGGUCCUGAAGGGUUCCAUGAGAAAGACGGCAAGGCCUACUGCCGGAAGGAUUACUUCGACAUGUUUGCUCCCAAGUGUGGCGGCUGUACCCGGGCAAUCCUGGAGAACUACAUCUCGGCCCUCAACACCCUGUGGCAUCCUGAGUGUUUUGUGUGCCGGGAGUGCUUCACGCCAUUCGUCAACGGCAGCUUCUUCGAGCACGAUGGGCAGCCCUACUGUGAGGUGCACUACCAUGAGCGGCGCGGCUCGCUGUGCUCCGGCUGCCAGAAGCCCAUCACGGGCCGCUGCAUCACCGCCAUGGCCAAGAAGUUCCAUCCGGAGCACUUCGUCUGUGCCUUUUGCCUCAAGCAGCUCAACAAGGGCACCUUCAAGGAGCAGAACGACAAGCCUUACUGUCAGAACUGCUUCCUCAAGCUCUUCUGUUAGGCGCCCUCGUCCCUUCAUCUGCCCUGCCCCCUGGCCCAGCCUUCCCAACUGCUACUGUGACCCAGAGGCCUCGCCCAGGGGUGAAGGGCCAAGCCCGACUGAAACUGGAACCCGUGUCCUCGGCUGUGCAGGGUGGCAGAAGGGCCUCGAAGGGUCCUGCCUGCUUUACUUCCCUCCCUGCCAGAGCCUCUGGGCGUCCUCCCACCUCCUGCAGCUCUCCCUAGGCUGCCAGCUCUUCAUCUUCGGAGGUGGGGGGCUGGAGGGCCCCACCCCACGAACCUGCCUGGCCAGGCCAGCACCCCACACUGGAGCCAUCUCUUACUCAUAUUUCGGCAGUGUAGCCAGGGGGAGGGCAGACAGGGUCAGAUGGGGUCUCUUUUUAUCCUUAUUUCCCCCUUGACCUAAUUAUCCUUGUUCUGAGAGUAUUGGGGGACACCUGACUCCCUCUAGACAAUGCCAGCAUAAAUCCAUCCAUCCAAGGGUCGAAGUGCCCAGAGGCUGCGAAAGGCUCCUUCCAGUCUCCCAAGGCCUGUGUGACUGCACCCCACCCCCCAUAACUGCUCUGAUUCUACUGAGACAGGCCUCGCCAGCAAUAAUGUUUUAUAGUCACUUCCUCCGUCUCUGGGGAUGGCGUGAGGUGGGGCAUUUCACCUCGUGCCUGGACACUGUACCGACUGAUUUCUACACUGAGGUUUGAAUUCGUAUCGUCUGAGUUGCUUUUACUUCUCUAUACAAAAUGAUUUUGAAGAGAUUUUAAAGACAUCCCCUUUUGUAUUCUCCUCCUCGUCCACUACCACUGGUCCUGACGGUGGCUGUGGCCUGGGGUUUGCCUUGUACUGAGGGCUUGGGAUGGGAAAGCAAUUUGUAUUUUAUUUUUUCUUAGCAUAAGCAGGUGAACUGGGAGCAGCUCUGAGUCCCCCCUUCUGUAACUUCAUGGCUCACCAGGACUGUUUUAUAAACUGCUGUAUUUUGAAACCCCUUCCUUACUACCCAGGCCAGCAAGCCCUUAACCGAAACUAGCCUAAGGGUAUCUUGCCCUUGGAGUCCUAGAAGUCUGAACCUCAUCCAUCCUGUUCCUGAGGGAGGAGAAGGGGAAAGUACACUUUGGGGGUGCUGUUUCCUGGCUAAGCCAUUGGGAGUGCCUGCUCUCCUGUGAACUCUUUGGCAUCAAAAAGAACCCACGGAACAUUCUCUGCCUCCUCAGUGCUUCCCUGGGGCUCCUCCUGCCUUCUCAGGAAAGCUGGUAUCUGAUUUUGACCAUUGGUCUUGUUGAUUCCACUGGGUGCAUCACUUCGCCAAAUUUCCUGCACCAGAGGUCUGGGGAAAAGGGCCCAGGUUAUUGCAAGGUCACCUGAUGGGAUUCUGUGCAGAUGGACAGGAUCCUGCUGAAGCCAUGGGAAGCCCCAGAGCUUUCUCCGCCAAGGAUGAAACAGGAGCAGGCAGGCCUGGGGUUCCUGGGCAGCAGAAUGGGGCCCCAGUGGGGUGUAAAAAAGUAAGAUCCAGACCACUCUGUUAGCCUCCUAGCAGUGGCUGAGUUCCCUGGGGUCUCAGAAGAGGGUCCCUCCUUCAUGGCAGGGCUGGGAGCAGCCAUGUCCGGGGAGGUCAGCUAGACCCCUCUAAAGGUCUGAUGUCUCCAUUUCCACCCAUAGGCCUUAUUGCUCUGUUUACAGUGACCUGCCCCAGGCCUCACCCCUAGAGGACUAGGGUUUCUGGGGUCCACUCUCCGGGUCAAUGGUUAUUUGAUGAUUUGAUUUUAAGUUUUUUCUCUGUAAACUUUUAACCUGGCUUUUCCCCAUUUCAAUUCCUGUGAUUUAUGCCAAUAAAGUUUGCCAUUAUUUUGACCUUG